AUGAUUUCUGCUGUUUUCAACGUGUUUCGUGUUUUUAUCAGCGUUCGAUGUAUAAAUGCACCCAGGGCUGCAUUAUCCUAUUGUAAUUUAAAUCGUACCACCUUCGUUGCAAAACACUUUAAAGCAUGCCAUAUGCAACCCAUUGUUCAGCCGUCUCGUUUUAAGAGUAAGAACAAAGUUCGCAAGCCCACAGCUAAACUUGUUAGCCUGACUGAAGAGCUUAAGCAGACAAUCAAGGACGAGGAUAUGAUUCAGGAUUACUUGAAAUUGAUGGCUAGUUUUGAAGACAAUCUUUACCACAAGCUGUGCCUUAAACUGACUCCCGAAAUUUUUUAUACUAUUCCAAUUCCCAGUGAACGUGUUCAGCUUGGUGAUGUUGCUACAAUUAUAAGUCAAACUACAAGUCAGUCAGCAAAUAUUCAACCUACUACCCAAAUCUUAAUCGAUCUAAGUGGUCGUCCAGAUUUGGUUCCUGCUGCCAAGGCCGCAGUAUCGCAGUACCUUUCUAGUGGGGGUGAAGCACCCAGUUCUAAGAAGGGGAAGGCCAAUUCGUCGUACUCCGAUCUUAUUCAAGAUGUUGACCAAACCCAAUUUACAGUUCGACUUCGCAAUAUUGUUACUGGUGACGUUCGAAAUGAACUGACUAAACGAGGUCGUGAUAUGCUUCAUCGAACGAAAAGAGAUAUGGACAAAGUGUAUCAAAAGUACUCAAAACUGGUCGCGUCAAUGAACACUUUAUCUGAAGAUGAUAAGAGGACGGCUAAUGAGUAUUUGAAAAGUACUGUGAAGACACAACAUGCGAAAGCCGAGCAGGCAUGGAAAACGAAGGAACAGGAGCUGCUGAGCGACCAAAUUUAG